UAGAGAAAGGAGAGGCGCUUCCGGGCCUGGACUUCCGGAGGAGGCCAGCCGAAUGGCCGCGCUGGAAAAGUAGAAAGUUGUCUGAUGCCUGAUUUCUGAUAACCAAGAAGAACAAGAAUUUGGAAAUCAAGAUGAGAACCAACAAAGUUUACAAGCUUGUCAUACAUAAGAAAGGCUUUGGAAGCAGCGAUGAUGAGCUUAUGGUGAACCCAAAAGUAUUUCUUCAGAUCAAGUUGGGAGAUAUAGUGGAAAUAGCACACCCCAAUGAUGAAUACAGUCCGCUGCUCCUGCAAGUGAAGUCACUCAAGGAAGACUUACAGAAAGAAACCAUCAGUGUUGAUCAGACUGUUGCUCAGGUCUUUCGACUGAGGCCCUACCAGGAUGUCCACGUGAACGUUGUCGACCCCAAGGAUGUGACUCUGGAUUUAGUGGAGCUGACAUUCAAGGACCAGUACAUCGGACGCGGGGAUAUGUGGCGGCUUAAGAAAAGCUUGGUUGGCACUUGUGCGUACAUCACUCAGAAGGUGGAAUACGCAGGUAUUCGGGCUCAGGCAGGUGAGCUGUGGGUUAAAAGUGAGAAAGUCACCUGUGGCUACAUCAGCGAGGAUACUCGGGUGGUGUUCCGCUCAACUUCUGCCAUGGUUUACAUCUUCAUCCAGAUGAGCUGUGAAAUGUGGGAUUUUGACAUCUAUGGAGACCUUUACUUUGAGAAGGCUGUGAAUGGCUUCCUUGCUGACCUUUUCACCAAGUGGAAGGAGAAAAACUGCAGCCAUGAAGUAACGGUGAUUCUCUUCUCUCGGACCUUCUACAAUGCCAAGUCACUGAGUGAAUUUCCAGAGACCCAGCGCUGCUCAGUUCAGCAGGACCACGAAGGCCGAUUCUACGAAGACUUUUACAAGGUUGUGGUUCAAAAUGAACGACGAGAGGAAUGGACAUCUCUGCUCGUGACCAUUAAGAAGCUCUUCAUCCAGUAUCCUGUCCUGGUGCGCUUAGAGAAGGCAGAGAAUUUUCCACCAGGAUACAAUUCCACCUCUGCUCAAGGAAAUUAUUUGGAGGCCAUAAACCUCUCCUUUAAUGUGUUUGACAAACAUUACAUCAAUCGAAAUUUCGACCGGACAGGGCAGAUGUCUGUGGUCAUCACGCCAGGGGUGGGAGUCUUUGAAGUGGACCGGCUGCUCAUGAUCUUGACCAAGCAACGGAUGAUAGAUAAUGGGAUUGGGGUAGAUUUGGUGUGCAUGGGAGAGCAGCCCCUCCACGCAGUGCCCCUUUUUAAGCUACACAAUCGCUGCAGUUCUGGAGAUUCUCGCUUAGGGGACGACUACAAUAUACCCCACUGGAUCAACCACAGUUUCUAUACUUCCAAAAGCCAACUUCGGUGUAACAGUUUCACCCCACGGAUCAAGCUGGCAGCCCAGAAGCCACAGAAUGAAAAAGCAAAAAGUAGCAGGGAAUCUUCUUUGGGAGCGCCUAAAGAGGCCGAGAACGCUCUUCCCAUUCAAGUUGACUAUGACGGAUACGAUGCCCAGGUUUUCCGUCUGCCUGGCCCCUCCAGAGCCCCACGUUGCACCACCUUCAGCAGAUCUGUGCGGGAGAGAGAGAGCCGGCCCUGGAAGACCUCCGGCUCCUACGAUGUCUCCUCCAGCCCCUCCCUGCAGAGUCGGCCCUUGCCCCCCGAAGAGGUUCGGAGCCAGGCUUCUGAUGACAGCUCCCUGGGGAAGAUCUCCGACUUCCUCCUGAUCCCCCGCCCCCACCUGCACCUGCAGUAUGAAGUCAGCAGCUCUCUGGGCUACACCAGCACCCGAGAUCCCCUUGAGAACAUGUUGGAGUCUCAGCAGCGAGACUCGAGCGCCCCUGGAAGGUUCCAUGUUGGCAGUGCUGAAUCUAGGCUGCACGUCCGUUCUGCUGGGGGAUACACACCGCAGCGGGCACUGAUCAACCCCUUUGCCCCUUCCCGGAUGCCCAUGAAACUCACGUCCAAUCGGAGGCGUUGGAUGCACACCUUCCCUGUGGGUCCUUCUGGAGAGGCCAUCCAGAUCCACCACCAGACCCGCCAGAACAUGGCAGAAAUGCAGGGCAGUGGGCAGAGGGACUGGACUCACUCCUCGGCUGAGCUGUUGGAACUUGCGUAUCACGAGGCGGCUGGCAGGCAUGGCAUUUCUCGGCAGCCAGAGGACAGCACCUCCUGCUUGAGCUUCAGAGACAUGAAAGACUAUCCAAACCAGCUGACGAGUAGCCAAGGUCCAGCGAAGGCAGGAAUGAAUGUCCACGCGCCAAACGAGCUGUUGGAAGGCUCACCAGAUCCAAUUCUGACGCUGUCUGCUCCCCCCAUAGUGCCAGGCUUCUGUUGUACUGUUGGGGUGGAUUGGAAGUCUCUCACCACUCCAGCCUGUCUUCCCCUCACCACGGACUACUUCCCGGACCGCCAGAGCCUGCAGAACGACUACAUGGAGGGCUGCUACGAUCUCCUGCCUGAAGCAGACCUGGAGAGGAGGGACGAGGAAGGCUUGCAGAUGACAGCCCAGCAGGUCUUUGAGGAAUUCAUCUGCCAGCGUCUCAUGCAGGGCUACCAACUCAUUGUCCAGAGUAAGCCCCAGAAGCCGGCAGCGGUCCAGCCCCCACUUAGCAGCAGCCCCCUGUACAGUAGAGGCCUCGUGUCACGAAAUCGACCUGAGGAGGAUGACCAGUACUGGCUGAGCAUGGGCCGGACCUUCCACAAAGUGACCCUGAAGGACAAAAUCAUUACCGUCACUCGGUACCUGCCAAAGUACCCGUAUGAGUCUGCCCAGGUCAAUUAUACUUACAGUCUGUGUCCUUCCCACUCAGACUCAGAGUUUGUCUCUUGCUGGGUGGAGUUCUCCCACGAGAGGCUAGAGGAAUAUAAGUGGAAUUACCUGGACCAGUAUAUCUGCUCUGCUGGUUCGGAAGACUUCAGCCUCAUCGAGUCGCUAAAAUUCUGGCGGACGCGUUUCCUGCUCCUGCCGGCCUGCAUCAGCGCCACGAAGCGCAUUAUGGAAGGCGAAGCCCACUGCGACGUGUAUGGCGGCAAGGCUCGCUCCGACGAAGAAGAGUGGCAGCUUUUGGACGGCUUCACCCGCUUUGUGGAAGGGCUGAACCGCAUCCGCAGGCGCCACCGUUCUGACCGGAUCAUCCGGAAAGGUCCUGCAAUGAAAGGCCUGCAGAUGACAGGCCCCCUUCCUGCGCCCUCUCUGGAACCUCCAGGGCCGCCUCCGCUGGCCAAGAAGGGGACCUCAGCACUCUCGGCUCUGCUAGAGAUGGAGGCCAGCCAAAAGAUCCUGGGUGAUCAACAAGCCACAGCGCUCACUGGGAAGAGCUCUGUCCAGCCAGCUGAGAGUGGCAGCAUCGCCCUGACACCCACCUACAUGGACAGUCCACGGAAGGAUGGGACCUUCUUUAUGGAGUUUGUUCGGAGCCCUCGCACGGCAUCCCUCUUCCACACGCAGGUCUCGGUCGACCAGUCCGUCCCAGCAGCUGCGGAAGGCAGCACUUUGAUCAACGCGGGUCAGUCUGUGGACCGGAGCAGCUUCCAGGCCAGCUCCCUGCACGGGGGAGACCAGACCGCCGCCCCCUCUGGUCCUGCAGAAAACAGCUCCCAGCCAUUCUCCACCAACUCCCUGACCUCCUCAUCUACCUUGCUAGAAAUCCUCGACGCUAUGAAGCAUCCCACCACAGGGAUCCAGCUGCUCUCCGAGCAGAAAGGCCUCUCCCCGUCCUGCUUCAUCAGUGCCGAAGUAGUGCAUUGGCUGGUGAACAUGGUAGAAGGGGUGCAGACCCAGGCCAUGGCCAUCGACAUUAUGCAGAAAAUGCUGGAGGAGCAGCUGAUAAUUCACGCUUCCGGAGAGGCGCUUCGCACCUUUAUUUAUGGGUUUUAUUUCUACAAGAUCGUGGAAGACAAAGAGCAGGAGCGAGGGGGGAUUCAGCAGCCUGCACUGUGGCACACGGCGGCGAAGGACGACUUCUCCGCCUUCCAGCGAAAGUGGUUUGAGGUGGCUUUUGUGGCCGAGGAGCUCCCCCAUUCCGACAUCCCCGCAUUCCUCCUGCCCUGGCUGCCCAGCCGCCCAGCAUCCUACGCCAGCAGGCACAGCUCCUUCAGCCGCAGUUUUGGAGGACGGAGCCAGGCAGCCGCAUUGCUGGCUGCCACAGUGCCAGAGCAGCGGACGGUGACUCUGGAUGUGGACAUAAACAACCGCACGGACCGCCUGGAGUGGUGCAGCUGUUACUACCACGGGAACUUCUCCCUCAGCGCUGCCUUUGAGAUCAAGCUGCACUGGAUGGCGGCAACGGCAGCUGUUCUCUUUGAGAUGGUCCAAGGCUGGCAUCGUAAAGCCACUUCCUGCGGCUUCCUGCUGGUCCCGGUCCUGGAAGGUCCGUUUGCGCUGCCCAGUUACUUGUAUGGAGACCCCCUUCGUGCCCAGCUGUUCAUCCCCCUCAGCAUCAGCUGCUUGCUGAAAGAGGGCAGCGAGCACCUCUUUGACGGCUUUGAGCCAGAAACCUAUUGGGACCGGAUGCACCUUCUGCAGGAAGCCAUUGUGCACAGCAGGUUUGGAUUUGUGCAAGACAAAUACUCUGCCUCUGCCUUCAACUUUCCUUCAGAUAACAAGCCUCAAUAUAUCCACGUUACAGGCACGGUGUUCCUUCAGCUGCCAUACUCCAAGCGGAAGUUCUCCGGGCAGCAACGGCGACGACGCAACUCCACCAGCUCCGCCAACCAAAACGUCUUCUGCGAGGAGCGCAUUGGCUACCACUGGGCCUACAACACCAUGCUGACCAAAACCUGGCGAUCCAGCGCCACCGGCGACGAGAAGUUCGCUGAUCGGCUGCUGAAAGACUUCACGGACUUUUGCUGCAACAGGGACGGCCGGCUCGCCUCCUUCUGGAUGGGUUGCCUCGAGCGGAUGCAUGCCAGCGCGCCCUGAGGACCACCUUCCGCAGGCCGGGGCAAAGCCAAACCCAACCGGGAGCAGCGGUGCUGUGGCAAAGCAUCUUGGCAGACUUGGGCACCUGUGUGGAGCAAAGGGGGCCUGUAAGGAUCUGGCCGAGAGGAAGGACGAUUCAGAGGAUCCGAAAAAUAAAGGACACAAGUUUGUUAGGUGUACUGGAAGGCUUAUGCCUGCUUCUGUGUGGAAGAUACUAUAUAUACAUAAAUAUGUAAAUAUACGUAAAUAUGGAAUUUAAAACACAGGGAAUAGGAAAUA